CAAAUGAGUUGCAAAAGCACAAUUAGUCGACUGGGAAUGUCUAUUUUAAAGUUAUUCGACAUUUUUUCAACUACCUACACGAACUUGGACUAGAGUAUUCACUAUUCUAAUGUGCUGUGGAGCAAUUGUCGCAUUGGAUAUCACGCAUGCGCGAAGGCCGAGCGUUUUGUACUUUGAACCGUGAAGCCAUGGCCGGUAUUCUCUUCGAGGACAUCUUCGACGUGAAGGAUAUAGACCCAGAUGGCAAGAAGUUCGAGAGAGUGUCACGACUGUUUUGUGAGAGUGAGAGUUUCAAGAUGGACCUGAUCCUGGACGUCAACACGCAGCUCUAUCCGGUCAGUCUGGGAGACAAGUUCAGACUGCAGCUGACCACCAGUCUGAGGGAGGACGGAGUCCCUGAUGAUGGGGACUACCUCGCCACGGGUGAGAGGAGGGGACCCCUGCCGGGUGGAAAAUAUCAGGAUUCAUCGCUGGCUGAUGCUUUCGAGUAUGUAAUGUAUGGGAAGAUAUACCGUCUUGAGGGAGACGAGGGUCACGGAGAUUCUGGCAGACUAGCAGCCUAUGUGUCCUACGGCGGUCUUCUCAUGAGAUUACAGGGAGAUGCCAAUAACCUCCACGGCUUCGAGGUGGACAUGAACAUAUAUCUCCUAAUUAAAAAAUUAGCAUUUUAAUGUGUUUUGACUCCAUGUUAAAUGAGUGUGAACUCAUACAUUUUUAGUUUUUUCACAUGCCUAUAUAUCAUCAUUAUCUGAUAAUUUCACUC